GGUGAUAAUCGGAGCUUGGGUGACCUGUGAUCGCACGUCGUGACGUGACAAUUUUCAACAUGGCGACGAAACAUCGGGUCCUUAUCACUGGAGCGUCUGGCCUUCUAGGGCGAGCAAUUCUAAAGCAGUUUUCUAACUCCGAUAGCUGGGAAGUGUUAGGCCUUGCUCAUUCGCGGGCCACAGGGGCUCUAAAAAAGGUAAAUCUGUUGGAUUUCGACGAAGCGCAGCGAGUUGUGACGGAGUUCAAGCCCCAUGUGUUGAUCCAUUCUGCCGCAGAAAGAAGGCCAGACGUCGUGGAAAACGACGAGGAAACUUGCGAAAAAAUGAACGUGGGUAUAACUAAAGUCUUAGCAACAACCAUAAACGAUUUGAACAAUGGAUUGGAAGUCCCGGAACAUUUUAUGCUAUAUAUCAGUACCGAUUAUGUGUUCGAUGGCACGAGUCCACCUUACAAACCUAUAGAUAAGCCAAACCCGUUAAACAAGUACGGAAAAAGUAAGCUGGCAGGAGAGAAAGUGGUGCAGACCUGUCUUUCUGAUUCGGGAAUCCUCCGAAUUCCAAUUUUGUACGGAAACGUGGAAUAUUUGAAGGAAAGUGCGGUCACAGGUUUGUAGCUACUGGUUAUUUAUUUUAUUGAUUUUUUUUGUACAUAUCUCCAUGUAUUUUUGCAGUUUUAAUUGUCUGUCUUAUUUAAACUUAGUUGAUGGUCUGUCUUGUAUAUGGGGUCUUUGACUCUUUUACAGAUCGUAGCUAUUGUAUUAAAACAUUCAUGGUAUGGGAAGGAUUUUGACUAGGAUCUUAUAAUCUUCCACAUUAUUUUUUACUUGCAAAGUUGCAUCUUUUUUUACAUUCAAUUUAAUGUUCAAGUUCAUUGUUUAUUAAUUUAUGAGUGAAGGGUUCAGCUAGAAUUAUUUCUGUAAGUUACUUUUUGUGUAAUAGUUAGAUAGCCUUGUAACUUAGGGGAUUUAAGGUGAGACGUUAAUUGUAUGGGAAGGAUUCUGACUAGCAUUUUUGGUUUUGUGAAUUCUCUGUUUUAUUAUUCUAGUUCUCUUUGAAGCUCUGAAAGAAACUGGAAAACCUACCAAAAUGGAUGAUUAUGCAUUCCGGUAUCCUACCCUGGUUGAUGACAUUGCCACAGUUUGCAGAUUCAUUGCAGAAAAGCGCAUCACAGAUUCUUCUUUCAAAGGAAUUUGGCACUGGAGUGGAACAGAAGUCAUGACAAAAUAUGCAAUGGUUUGCCAAAUGGCAGAGAUUUUUGGUUUAUCACACAGUCACCUGAUUCCAAAUCCUGAUGCCCCUAGUGCUGGAACUCCAAGGCCCCACAACACUGCUCUUAGCUGCUUGGAUCUGGAAUCCAUGAUGGAAGACGGUGGGGCAAGCAUGCGCACUCCAUUCAAGGAAGGAAUCAAACAGUGUCUGCAGCCUUUUGUUUAACUUACAAAUUUAUCAAGCUGAAAUGUAUGCUCUGUGACUGUAGUAUUUUGUCCGUAUAUUGAUUCCCCAGGGCUUGAAAAAAGGCCCAUGUACAUGUAUAGUAGUCCAGGACAAGUACAUUUCUUGCUGGGCAAGUAACUUUUAAAGCUUAGUUAAUGCCCUUGUUUUACUUACACAUUAAUAAGGCUGAAAUAAAUGCUCUACAGUAUUUUUUCCUAAGUAUUGAUCCCCCAGGGUUUAAGGAAAGUCCUGUCCAGUAGUCUGGGGCAAAUUUCAAAUAGAUUUUCUUGCUGGGAAAGGAAGUUUUAAGGCUCACUUGCCCAGUGGGAAACGGUCCAGGUAAGUCACCCUUUAACCAAGUCAUUAACUGAGACGAGCAAGAAGUGGCCCCAGGCUUCUUGCCCAAAGGACUUGCUGGGAUUCAAGUUGUUCUUGAGCCCUGUUCUCGACAAAAUAUUACUAAGGCUAUGGGAUACCUGCUACCUUUAAACACCAGUUAAAGAGUAUGUACCCAGCAUAGUGAUAAAAAGGUUAAUAUUUUAAUAUGAAAAUUCCCUACAGUUUGGAUACUUAAAGUAAAUUUUAUAAGCCAAGAUAAAGAUAAAGAUAAAAGAUAUUUUAUGUUAGUAAAAUCCAACUAGUGGUCUAUUAUCAAUUCUGCGUUCUGAUUGGUUGAGCUACUACUAGGCUAUCUGUUAUAGCCCACUAGUAGCGAAAAAGCACGAGCUUUGAAAAGCAAAACAGUGGUAGUUGAAUCACGUUUUGCUAGCUAAAGUUGUUUUGUCUCGAUAUCUUUGACUAACUAUUUGGAUUUUACUAAAAGAAUUAUUCU